AUGCUGCCCUUCACCGAACACAUGUCCACCCUGCUAGCCUGCCUGAGUAAACUUGAUUUCCCAUCUUUCCCCGCUCAGAAGGGGUUUUUCCCCAGCCACGACGGCGUUCUCUCAUCAGCCGAAUCUGCACAGCCCUGGAAAAGAGAUGUGGCAAGACAGGAAACGGUGCAAGGCGCAGGAGGUUGGUGUCAGGAGGAUGCGCCCAUGGAUUUGUCUGUUCGGAAACAGGGUAAAGAUGGAAGCGACUUGCCUACUAGCUGGCCUUACGAAGCAAAGCCUAGGCCAAAUGGCCUUAUGGAGUAA